AUGGCCACGAACGGCACCACUACUAGCGACUCGGCUACGCUCGCAUCUCAGCACCAGGCAUCCGGCCGAUCUAUCUUCUGGGCCAUGGCAAGUAUAGCAUUGAAUGCCAUGCUUCAGCCAUCCUUCACGGGUUAUCUCUGGAGCGGAGAUACUUUCAAGGACUCCUUGUGGCCACAUAGAUCUUCACCCUUUGUCUGCCUAAUGGACGCAGCUGCUGACAUCUGGAUCAUGAUCGAGAAGGUGCGCAAGCCCGAGCUCUACGGCGAGGAUGAAGAAAGGAUCCAACCGACAACUUUGACAAUGAGACUGGCUAUCUUCGUCGUUGGUGUGCUACCGCAGAUUAUCAAGCUGUUCAGCUCUACAGGCAUACCGAUCACACAAGCCGUAGCGGCCGUGUUCGUCUUCGCUACGAUGACAAGCAUGAUCCGAGCCUCCUGCUCAGCAGCUCCGAUGAGCGAUAUCGUCUAUCUUGCAGAACGAGCACUCAAGAAGAAGGCUCCGGAGGACAUGAGCUCACAUGACCGCGAUUUGCCUUCAUUCGGCGAAAUAAUUUGCUCGGCAGCCACGACUCCACAUGUGUUGGUCCUCGUCUGCAUCUGGGAGCACAUCUUUAAGAUCACGCACAUACACUCGUCCUCUGCAGACAUCAACAACCUAUUACAGUGGGCCUCGAUUCUGGCGUCUAUUACCUGCGCCACUUAUGCUCUGCAGCAUACCGCAUGCGUCUUAGCAACAGGGAAAUGGUACCUUCCAAGGUCUGGUCCACUGUUCGUCUUCGGCCUUUACACUCCCGUCAUGCUCUCGAAGCUGCUCGAACAUCCGGACUCCAGCCGUCGUCAGAUGAAUGGGGAACGCAUAAAUUACUGGGUCCAGAUUCUGAGCUUUCUAUUUCAUGCUGCAGCGCUUUCGUAUGUCGUUGCACUGGUCUUGGAGCUCCUUGCAAAAUGGCUUCUCCGUUCUUCAACGAAGCAGAAGAGUAACGACGACGCCGUGCCGAUGAGCGAGCUGACUGGCUUUUCUGCAGAGCCGAGUGCGGGAACGACUCCCGCUGAUGACUCGACUACUAUUAACGUCAACACACCUACGGAGACCGUCUCUGGUACCUCACCCGGUAGCGAGAUACCAACUUCCACAAGUGUGCAGUCAGAUAAUCCUCCCCUCGAGGACGGAACUCUUCGCACAGAGACCCAUGUGCAAGAGUCUGCUGAGCCGGCAGCCGCAGCUGUCGGUGCUCCAACCAUCACGCCACCACUGCAUGCCGAAAAGAAAAGGCCAUCAGUCUUUGCCGAAGCCUUCGGAGACUUCUUAUGCUUCGUAGCCAUCAUACCACUAGGUUUCGUCAUCUUCGUUUCCGCAUACAUCGGCACAUUCCAUGGAGCGGAAUCAGACUCGGCCGAUGAUGAUGCUGCGGAACGAGGUGAAGCUAGUCAGCAGCAAAGCGAAACUAGCAACGAGAGUGCGAGUCCUGAUGCACGAGAGCCUUGGAGCUUGAUGUCCUUCCUGGUGACGAUUGCAAUUCAGCCCGUCGUGCUACUGUUCAAACUUCCUGGGCAAGAUAAAGUCGUCCGGCCGGUGGUCAAGUUCAUAUCCUACGGCAUAUGGCGAAUAGUCAUUGCUGGCAUGAGCAUGUACGGUUUCGCUUUCAAUUGGGUAGCAGCAAAGAUAAGGGCUAAUAUCAGGAAUCGAGUGUGCGUUGCUUUUGGCAUACUGAAUGUCAUGACGGCCAUGAUCACCUAUCUGGCGCUAUUUGAUACGCAAGGGACAUACUCGCCAUCGUGGACAACCUUAUUAGGAAAGUGA